AUGCCGCCCUUCCAAGACGACGACGUCGAAGCCAUCAAAAUCCUGGAACAGCCCUGGCAGAACGAGGAACUUGUCCAAGUCAGAACGGGCAAAAUCAAACCGGCUUUUGCUACGAAGGAACCAUCUGCGAUUUUCAAACAGAUCAAAUCCGGGCCCGUCACUGUCAACAGCCUAGGGUGCGAAGGGGACGAGCAUGCAUUCGAGUUCCACGGCGGCCCCGAGAAGGCCCUGCUACAGUACAGUUCGCUACACUACGCUAGGUGGAAAAAAGAGCAUCCCCAGAGCGCGGCUCUUUUCACCGUGGGCGGCUUCGGCGAGAAUCUCGCAGCGACCCGUGCGAAUGAGCGCAACAUGUGCAUUGGCGACGUGGUCCGGAUUGGCACCGUCAUUGCACAGGUCACUGGACCGCGACAGCCAUGUUACAAGCUAAACCACAGGUUUCAGGUCAAAGACAUGUCGAAACGAUCGCAGGAUAUGUUUCGUACAGGUUGGUUUUACCGGAUCCUUGAGGAAGGCCACAUCCAGGCCGGUGACCAGAUGGUUCUGCUGGAACGGCCGAACCCUGAAUGGACUGUGGCCAGAAUCCAGUACUAUCUCUACCAUGACAUGCGCAAUGAGGAGGUCAUGAAAGAACUGGUCAAGAUCAAAGAGCUAGGCGGUGAAGCCCGUGGGAUUUUCAAUAAUAGACUAAAGAAGCAGUAUGAGAACCAGGCGCGCCGACUGGAGGGGACCGCCGAUAAGGCUCUGAGCAGCUGGACCGAGUACCGGGUUAGCGAGAAAAAGCAGGAGACGCCUCGCAUUGUAUCCCUUGUCUUUGACGCGUUGGCACCAUCGAAAACCCCGAAGAUUGCGCCCCCGGGUUCUCAUGUCCAAUUACGCCUGGGCGGAAAGCUGGUUCGGGCAUACUCCGUAGUCUCUGGAGAUUCAAACAACUUUCAACUUGCCGUUGCUCUCAGCGAGACCAGCCGAGGCGGUUCACAUUACAUUCACCACCAGCUACAGCCUGGUCACGUUCUUGAAGUUGGAAAUAUCAUGCCCAGCUUCCCUCUUUCCGAACAUGCCGACAGCCACGUUUUCAUCGCCGGCGGAAUCGGUAUAACCGCAUUCAUAGCGUCUGCAAGCUACUGCCAGCGGAUGGGCUACACGUAUCACCUGCAUUAUCUGGUUAGAGACUCGGCAGGCGUUGCUUUGAAGGAGCAUCUCGCUGAAUUUGGAGAGAAGAACGUCACCGUGUACGACAAGGCUAUUGGCAGGGGAUUCAACGCGGAAAACGUCUUGGGUAAGGUCAAGAAUGACCGAGAGCAUAUAUACUGCUGCGGCUCGGAGCGACUACAGAAUUCCAUUCGCACCACAGCAGCUUCGCUGGGUAUCGCCUCGGGCAGUCUACAUUUCGAGAACUUCGGCAUUGCAACGUCCGGAGAUCCAUUCACGGCAGAGUUGGUCGAGUCAAACAUGACAAUCGAGAUCGAAGGGGAGAAGACUCUGCUAGACACGCUGAGAGAAGCGGGAUUCGAUAUUGCUUCGUCCUGCGAGGCAGGGAAUUGCGGCACUUGUCGCGUCGGGGUGAGAAAUGGGAGAAUCGAGCAUCGAGGGUCGGGGUUGGCAGAAGACGAAAAGUGCUCGGCUAUGUUGAGUUGCGUGUCUCGUGGUAUCGGCACUAUUGCGUUGGAGCUAUGA